AUGGCUGGGAGAGUAAAGAUCAAUGUAGAUGGGAGUAGUUUGGGAAACCCAGGCCAAGCAGGUGGAGGGGGAGUGAUUCGUAAUGAUAAAGGGAUGCAUAUAGGAUGUUUUCAUGUUGAUAUUGAAUGUGAUUCCAAGAUUGUUGUUGAAUGGAUGUUGAAACGCAAAUGCACAACUUGGUAUUUGUGGGAUUUUUGGGAGGAGUUAUUAAACUUAAUGAGUUUAUUUGAGAUACAGGUUUCACACCAGUUCAGGGAAGGCAAUCAAGUGGUGGAUUUAUUAGCAAAAAUGGGUGCACAAGGGGUAAUGCAGAGAUUUCCAUCUUGUGGUGACUUGCCUGAGCGGGCUCAAGGACUUGUUUGGUUGGAUCACAUUGGAGUUCCCUAUUUACGUAAGUGA